ACCAGUCUGCCAAGGGCACAGUAAAGCAUGGGACCUAGAAGCUGUACGCACUUCGCCACGCUGUUUAUGCCACUCUGGGCAUUAGCCUUCUGCUUCCUGGUGGUGCUGCCGAUCCCAGCGCAGACGACUAGUCUACAGAACGCUAAGGAUGAUCGGCGACUACAGGAAUUGGAGUCAAAAAUUGGUGGGGAAAUCGAUCAGCCCAUUGCGAAUUUAGUUGGACCAUCAUUCUCUCUAUUCGGGGACAGGCGUAAUCAGAAAACAAUGAGCUUCGGUCGCAGAGUGCCACUAAUUUCACGCCCAAUAAUACCAAUUGAGCUGGAUCUCCUCAUGGAUAAUGAUGACGAAAGAACGAAAGCUAAGCGGUUUGAUGAUUACGGCCAUAUGAGGUUUGGUAAAAGGGGAGGUGAUGAUCAGUUCGAUGACUACGGUCACAUGCGUUUCGGCCGAUAAACACUUGCCAUCAGUUUAGUCAUUUAGAAAACCGAUUAUGUAUAUUGUACAUAGAAAUUAAUCGAGCACACAUUUUAUAUUAACAAGUAUAUAAAAAGUAAUAAAUGUUCGCAUUC